CUCACACUCACUCACACUCGCACACUCUCUCUCAACUUAAAACCACCAGACACCAGAAACUCAGACACUCUCUCUGCAACAGAGAGUGAGAGAGCCAUCCCCACCCUCCCCUCCACCCCCACCCUACCCAAUCCAAAAGACAAUGGCCAUAACUUUUCUCAUUUCCCAUUUUACCCCUACAGCCCUACUCUAUUUCCUCCUCCUGUCCUCCUCCAUCCAUGCCCUCAACAUCACCACCCUCCUCUCCCCUUACCCUGACUUCUCUGACUUCACCGACCUCAUCUCCUCCUCCAUCUCCGGCGACCUCCUCCCCCGCUCCUCCCUCACCCUCCUCGCCGUCCCCAACCCCUUCCUCUCUUCCACCUCCGCCCUCACACGCCGCCUAUCCCCCUCCUCACGGGCCGACGUCCUCCGCUACCACGUCCUCCUCGAGUACCUCUCUCCCUCCGCCCUCCUCCGCAUCCCCCCCUCCGGCAAACUCGUCACCACCCUCUACCAGACCACAGGCCGCGCCACCAACAACUUCGGCUCCGUCAACAUCACGCGCGACCCCUCCACCGGGGUCGUUUCGAUCCGCUCCCCGGCCCCCUUCUCCCCCUCGAACGCCACCGUUUUGUCCCUCGUCACCAACCUCCCCUACAACGUCUCCAUCUUCUCCGUCAACUCCCUCCUGGUCCCUUACGGCUUCGACCUCAUGGCCUCCGAGACCCGCCCCCCUCUUGGCCUCAACAUCACCAAGGCCCUCAUCGACGGCCACAAUUUCAACGUCGCCGCCUCCAUGCUCGCAGCCUCGGGCGUAGUCGAAGAGUUCGAGGCCGACGAGGGCGGCGCCGGCAUCACCCUCUUCGUCCCCACGGACACUGCGUUUUCAAAUCUCCCAUCGAAUGUGAGGCUCCAAUCGCUCGCAGCUGACAAAAAGGCCGUCGUCCUCAAAUUCCAUGUCCUCCAUUCAUACUACCCACUGGGCUCGCUCGAGUCGAUCGUGAACCCGGUUCAGCCCACAUUGGCUACAGAGGACAUGGGAGCCGGCUCGUACACUCUCAACAUCAGCAGAAUCAACGGGUCGGUGGCGAUCAACACUGGGAUUGUGCAGGCCUCGGUCACCCAGACUGUGUUCGAUCAAAAGCCCGUGUCAAUUUUUGGGGUUUCUGAAGUUUUGCUGCCCAGAGAGAUCUUCGGGAAGAACCCAAUUUUAACUCCCAAGCCCGGGACGCCAUUGCCCGGUAGCGGCGGUGCUCCGCCUCCGGACAUUUCUCCCUCACCGGAGAGUCUAACUGGGCCUCCAUCGCACCUCUCUUCGCCGCCGGGUUUUCGCGAAGAAAUUAGAUCCAAAGCUGCGGCGGCCAUUGGUGGGUUGGGGAGCUUUGGGAUUGCAUCGUGUUGUAUAGGACUGUAUUUAAUGGUAUGAGAUUUUUGUUAUUUUUGCUUCUUAAUUGCUAGAUUUUUGGUGGGUUUUUUUUUCUUUUCAUACAUUGAAUUGAAUUAGGCUGCAAAAGCAAAGCCUUUUUUGUUUUUGUUAAUUUUUUUUUCUCUUCUUCUUCAAAUUUAUGAUGUUAAAUUGUGUUAAUGGCUCUGAAUAAUUAAUGUAUAUCAGAAAGAACCAAUUUUUUGUUUCUUGGA